CAGAUGCAUAAACGGAACCAAGCAUCCUCUACUACCCAGAUCUAUCUUCCGCACACGCCGAACUCUUUGCAUUCAACGAAACAUACGACCGACCAACCAACUACGCAUAGUCCCACCCUACACAUCGAAAAUCAGAGUCCGGAAUAGCAAUGUCCUCGCCAGUCGCCUCCGUACCACAGCUUCCGGACGAACCGAAAGAGGCACUGGAGGACCCACCACUUCCCUCCAAGGAGACAUCUGCGACGACGGUGGUAGAGACCGUUUCUGAAGACAACAAUGCCGAGGCGGUCCCCGACUUAGCGGCAGAUGAGGCUGCGGCCACCGACGACGAGAAGGAGGAAGGGGAAGAAGAGACUCCGCCACUGCCACCCGGCCCACCCCCAGGAGACUCACUGGAAGAAGGCGAUGACGGAUGGCAACCGGUGUGGGAUGCCACCUACGGCUCCUAUUACUUCUACAAUUCGAUCACAGAGGAGACAACGUGGACAAACCCGCGGGUGCCAGACGCAACACCAGCUAUUCUAGCUGCAGUCGCCGACAGCAGCAGCGCAGCAAUUCCCGACGACCCCGACGAUCCCGCUUCUGCGGCGGCAUACCUUGAUCCACUGCAGUACAACCCCGCAAUACACGGAGACUACGACCCGACAGCACCGUAUGCGCAGCCCCGCGAGAACCCCAACGCGCAGGCCGGUGACUACACCGUGACUGCGGCGUUCAACCGCUUCACGGGAAAGUUCACGCCAUCGGCUUCCAAGCUUGUGCCGGAGAAUUUCAAUGAUGAGCACAAGUCGAAGAGGCAGAUGGAGUUCUAUUUUGACGUCGACGCGGCGGCCAAUAGUCACGACGGAAAGAGUCUCAAGGCUGAACGCCAGACGAGGAAGCUCAGCAAGAGGGAACUGAAGGAGUUCAAGGAGAAGCGGAAGUUACGUAAGGAAGAGAAACGGAAGGCCUGGUUGAAGGACUGAGUAUAUGGCCCUGCACCUGUUUGUUUGCAAGAGGGGUUUGUGGUUCUGUAUAACACGGGGACAUGUGGAGCAUGGGCGUGAGUCUGCGAAUGGGCGUUAGAUGUGCUUCUUCUUUCUUUGAUGACAGUCCGGCUCUGUCUUUGCAUGGGUGCUUGCUCGUCGUCCGGUGUUGGGUUUACAGGGUCUAAUUCAUUUUUUUUUGCUACUUUAUUCCUUCAUUCCCUUUCUCAUCAUCUCUAUGUAUCUCUCUCUACUUGCUUGCCUCUGGCACACAGUUUCGGCGUUGUUUGCUUUUCGAAACAGUCUACUACAAUCCACUCUACAUUUGAAGACUCGCAGCCCUAUGCAAAUAGAUGAUUUCCGCCCUCCGUGUUCCGAGUGGUCGAGUCGCAGGAGCGAGUGAGACGGCGAUAUCCACAGCACCAGCAUAAACAAGCUCUCAUCAAAUACUCUAAUCCUAGCGCGCAGCGCCCC